AUGGCGAACACGUUUCGCGCGGUGACGGUAUCCGCUGUCAACAAUGACGGCGCCUUGACGCCGCGUUUCAAUUUUCCCACAAACGUAAACGUGGAUUACGAUCCACAGGGGCUUAGUGUAAAAGUGAUACGUGCAGACCCCGUGCUAGCCCAAGAGGUGCUCGAAUUUCCCGUCCAUUGUCAGAGUGAGUGUUCGAGAGUAGCGGGCCAGUCUUAUAUCUUCACUAUUGACAAUGAAACGCUGUUUUUCAAAUUUACAUCUGAGGUCGACUGUCAGAAUUUCCACCUGCUGGUCAGCAAAAUCAAAGCCGGCCGAUCGUCAUCAGUAUUUACCGUGCGAACAGAAGACUCGUCGGCGAUGCAAUAUUUUCAGUUCUAUGGAUAUCUUAGUCAACAGCAAAAUAUGAUGCAGGAUUACGUUCGAACGAGUACGUAUCAGCGGGCUAUAUUGUCUAAUAUAAAUGAUUUUAAAAACAAAGUGGUCCUAGACGUUGGCGCCGGUUCAGGUAUACUUUCAUUUUUUGCCGCUCAAGCUGGCGCUCGUAAGGUGUAUGCUGUUGAAGCAAGCAAUAUGGCACACCAUGCACAAGCCCUAGUCCGAGCCAAUGGCCUUCAUGACAGGAUUUCAGUUGUUGCUGGUAAAAUUGAGGAAAUCGAGCUACCUGAAAGUGUGGACAUCAUCAUAUCCGAACCGAUGGGCUACAUGCUGUACAAUGAACGUAUGUUGGAAACUUAUCUUCAUGCUAAAAAGUGGCUCAAACCUAAUGGCAAUAUGUACCCCACUCGUGGUGAUCUCCAUAUAGCACCGUUCACUGAUGAUGCAUUGUUCAUGGAGCAAUAUAACAAAGCUAACUUUUGGUACCAAACUUGCUUCCAUGGAGUAGACCUAAGUGCACUUCGUACAGCAGCAAUGAAGGAGUAUUUCCGACAGCCAAUUGUUGAUACAUUUGAUGUUCGUAUCUGUAUGUCCAGAUCUGUUAGACAUGUGGUAGAUUUCCUUAAUGCACACGAAACUGAUUUGCAUCGUAUUGAAGUACCAUUUAGAUUUGAGUUGACACAGUCUGGAACAUGUCAUGGUUUAGCUUUCUGGUUUGAUGUACUAUUUGCUGGAAGCACACAACACAUAUGGCUAUCCACUGCACCAACAGAACCAUUAACACAUUGGUACCAAGUGCGUUGUCUGUUAGAAACACCAAUAUUUGCAAAGCAAGGACAAUGUCUCACAGGUCGUGUUCUUUUACUAGCUAAUAAGAGACAAAGCUAUGAUGUAACUAUGGACAUAAAUUUGGAGGGCACAAAUAUUUCAUCAUCCAACACAUUGGACUUGAAGAAUCCUUACUUCAGAUACACUGGAGCACCAGCAGCACCACCUCCAGGUGUAAACAACACUUCACCAAGUGAGUCAUAUUGGAAUUCAAUUGAAACAACAGCAACUUUGAGUAAUGGGCAAGGAGUAAUACUUACAGAUGGUACACAGCAAUAUUGUUCAACACCUGAUCAAACAAUCACCUAUGGGGCUCAUCCAAACAUGAUCAAGACAGUGAUGCUCCAGGAAGAGUUCAUUAAGAGGAUCGGGAUUAGUCAAAAUGGGGACAUAUAA